AUGGCCUCUGAUGUACCAUCGUUGCCGGGCGGAUUGAGGCUGCCUCAACCAAGAGAAGAUUUCCGCCGUGCCUAUGAAGAGCCGUCAGCGCAGCCUCCCGAGCCUCCCGAAGGCGACAUUCCCGUGCCUUUGAGGCUGUUGCAACGGGCGCAUAGUGUGAAGGAAGCACCGGCGCCUCAGCAACAGCCAGUACCUCUCCAAGGAGUUCAAGAAGCAUGGGGCUUGAACAGGGCUUCUUCGGUCAUGCCUUCCAGCCAGCGCGCCCCGCCAGAGAUCUAUGACGGACCUCCAAGAGGGUGGCCAGGCUCUCUUCCCCGACAGUCGGAGAAAGGAGAUUACUCUGAUCCUCCGUCUUUUCCAGGAUUUCAGCAUUACCGCAUUUUCAAGAAGGCUCUGGUGCGAUGGGAUUCCGUAACAGACGUCAAGCCAUGGCGAAGAGCAGAGAAGGUGCUGAGGCUCUUUGACUGGACUCUGAUGUCUCGGUUCGACCAUCUUAGCGAACAAGAGCUUCAGGGGCCUGACUACCUGCAGAAGAUUUUGGAGAUCUUAGAUCUUGAAGCUGGAGUCAUGGCAACCACCGAAAAGCACAGACUUGUCAGGGAGGCGUUGUUCGAGCAUACAAGACAGCGUGAUGAAUCUGUAGCUCAAUACGUCCAUAGACGACAUCAACAGUUCAUUCAGGCGGAAAAUGUGGGAGUUGCUAUUCCCUCAGAUGUCCGAGGAGCUUUGUUGGAAGAAGGGGCGGGGCUCAAUGAACAAGGAGUUCAGAACCUUCGCACUCUCACAGGGGGAAGCCAAGCCUUCGAGGUGGUGCGGAGGGCUCUUCUUAUGAUGGAGGCUCCCGCUGCCUCGUCCAAACUUCUCAAGAAAACCUUUCAUGCCGACACUUCGGGCGUCUAUCUCGAAGAAGAGGUGGACUCGGACAUUGACUCGGAGGAUGAGGCCAUGAUCCUGUUUGAGCUUGACAAGCUGAAUGUCUCUGAGGAAGAGUGUUCCAAGGUGUGGGCAGUGCUUGAGCAAGGUCGCCGUCGCACGUGGAAAGAAAACAAAGAUCUCCGCCGGUCCAUCCGAAAGGACCGCCAGCACUUCGACAGGACCGCCGCUUCGACGUCUUCCACAUCCUCUGCUCAUAACCGAAGGCUUCCCAUAGACAAGCUCAAGCUUGUCACCAAAUGCGCUAAGUGUGGUCAGAAGGGCCACUGGGCUCGGGAGUGUCCUAACCCUGCGCAACCAAGGUCCUCGCAGCAGCAUGAGGCACGAUCAUCUUCCUCGGCGUUCGUCUUCUCGACUUUUGACCCUUCCUCGUCUUCAUUCGUUACGAUUGCGGGCCUGGAGAUUGUUCGUGAGAUUCGCCAAGGGUGUUCGUCCUCGACUAUGUCGCCGUGGAAUCUUCUAUCCUUGAGUUCCUUGGCCCCGGGCCAAGCCAUCUUGGACAUCGGUGCAGGUGAGGAUCUUAUAGGCGCCUCCGCUUUCGAGCAGUAUCAGACUGCCCUGAGCAACUUGGGUUGGCAAGGGGUGAUUCUUCCAGAAAGUUCCCCCCCAGCAAAGGGGGUAGGUGGAUCGUCGAGAGCCAAGUGCUAUGCAAUCCUGCCAGUUGAACUUGGCGGUCGCCUCGGAUUCGUGAAGACCAAAGUUCUAGAGGAAUCGAUCCCGCACCUCUUGUCCGUCGGAUUGUUAGACAGCCUAGGCGCAUGCAUCAAUCUCCCGAACAACACGGUCCAUUUCAAGAAUGCCCCCCAGGAAGCCAAGGUGACCCGAAGCAGAUCGGGACACCGGGUGGUGAACGUCCUGCCCACGCAGAGGUUCGCAGCAGAGCUCGUUCCCGUGGACCUGAUGUGUUCUAGUGCGAAGAUUGAGGCCGUCAGUCUGUUACAAGCAGAGUCGCAUUUGCCGCACGGUGUUCAUGACAAUCGGUUUGAGAAGCCUGAAGGCUUGAGAGCAACGCAAGCGCUAGUUUCCCGAACUCCUCCUUCACUCCUCCUGAGUCCGCGUCCUGUCAUGUUCACUCAUGUGGAGUCUCGGUGGCGCCGACUGGCCAUUACGAUGCUGCAGUUCGCAAUGACGACUGCCGCCCAGAUGGUGAAGCUGUACUUGGAACAGAAGGCCAUGAAACAUCCUUCCAAGUCCAUCGACAAGACGGAGUGGACUCCGGAGCAGCGCGCCUGCUCUCAUCCACAAUCGCAUCAGCGCAGGGGUGGGAACCAGUGGGGAAGAUGGACGCAGUGCGGACUAUGUCUGGCACGCACGUCAUAUGUCGUACAACUUUCCACCAAGGCCAAAGCCAAAGCCAAGUCAAAGGGGAAAGAGACCAAAUCGAUCCACGAAAGCGUGGAUGUUCAGGAAGCCAUCAAGGAUGCAGCCUCAAGAGCGGCCAGGGAGACAGCUCAGCAAAUCAAGGCCGAGGAGCAUGUGUCCAAGGCGGAGGUGGAGUCCCUGCUGGCCAUGUCAAUCGAGGAGGUAGUGAAGCAACUACGCAAGCUAGACCAGUCAGUGAAUGCUCUCACGCAGGAGAAUGCCGCUCAGUGGCAGGUUCUUCGAUCCAUGACGGCAGUGGCGGGGCAAUCAAUGGCCUCCACACCCACGGAAGUGCAGCAACAUCAGGCUCAGCUGACCGCCAUUGCAGAGCAACAACUUCUGGCAGCCAUGAGCCCGCAAGGUCUGGGCUCUCAAAGCGGCUCCUGGAUGGACGUGAGUGCGGAACGAGGCUUUCUCCUGUUCAGACUUUCUCCAGAGCUGCGCAAGUCUAGAGUGGAGCUUCCCGGGGAGCAAGAUAUCGACAGGCGAGUGUUGCUGCAGAUUCGACCUGAUGGUUCCAAUCAGACUGCGCAAGGCCUUUCAGAUGCCACACAUGUCAGAUGCUGGUGUCCAGGGUUGCAUGCGUUACUGUUGGAUCAAGAUGUGAGUGAUGAUCAUCGUGUCAAGAUUCCAGCUGAUGUUAAGCAAAGGUGUGCUAAGCAAGUGUGCUCUACGACUCCAGCGUGUGAUGCAACUCCAGAGAUGUCAACAGACAGCUUGUGUUUUCCGGCUAUGUCAGACGGUUCUUCAGAUAGUUCUGACUCAGCUUCAUCUUCCGAUACCUCUUCUGACUCAGAAUCCGAAACGCAAGAAGAACCACAGCAGAUGCCAAAUUCCAGAGAGAUGCCGAAGCCCACGGCCCGGGAGACUCAAAUGAUUGUCAAGUUGCGUGUGAACUUGUCCCAUCCUCCGCGGGAUCAGUUCUUGCGUAUCCUCAAGGCGGCGGGCACAAAGGCUCACAUUCUGAAAUGGGUCCGCGAUGACAUGACCUGUGCGCACUGUGAUUUGCAGCGUCGACCCAGGCACAGACGUAAAGCAGCCAUUCCUCCAUCAUAUCGGUUUAACGAAGUUUUGGGGAUGGAUGUGUUUUAUGUGAACUUUAUGCAAAAAUCAGUGCCAUUCCUGAACGUUGUGGACCAUGGAACAGGGUUUCAGAUGACCUGCGUUGUGCGCAACAAGCAUCAUGAAGUAUCUGGCGGUACUCCGUGUUCUGCAGAUGUAUGGCGUACUUUUCAGACCACCUGGUUGAGAUACUUCUUUGAGCCUGAGAUAAUUGUCACAGAUCAAGGGGCUGAAUUUGAAGGGCGCUUUAGUCGGGGCCUAGAACAGCACGGAGUAUUUCACUGGGUCGCAGCGCGUGAAGCUCCAUGGCAAAAUGCGCGAGCUGAACGGCAUGGAGGCUGGCUAAAAUCCAGACUGAGUGCUGAACUUGAGUCAGGAGCAUGUGUUCUGGAAACCGUGUCAGAUCUGGAAGAGUUCGUGUCAGCAUUGACUUCCUGCAAGAAUCGAUGGUAUAGUAGAGGUGGUUUUUCGCCUCUUCAGUUGAUUUUUGGGCAUGGUCCAAGAGUCCCCCAUGAACUCUUGACAGACGAUGGCCCUGGCGAGCUCGGGCUGGCAGAUCUUCAUGCCGAUCCCUUAGAUGGUGACACCCCAGCAGCUGAAUUUAGCAAGAGAUUUCAGAUUCGUCAGAAAGCCAGAGAAAGGGCAAUUCAACAUGACGCUCGAGAUCGUGUGGCAAGAGCCGGUCGGGCAAAGAGACACGAGAUUAAGAACUGGAACGUGGGGCAGUGGGUGUACGUUUGGCGUCAGGCUGCUCCGUCUGUGCGCUCAACUACCUCUCAGAUCUUAUUGCCAAGGAGCAGGUGGGUAGGACCUGGUACAGUUGUGCUACAGCAUGGCUCAACAGUGUGGGUGCAGGUACGAGCAAGACUUUGGAAGUGCGAUACGAGGCAGCUCAGACCCGCUCUCAGAGAAGAAAUUCUCGGGGUUCAGCUGGCGCAGGAAUCGGAUCUACGUGAACUUCUGCAGUCCGUGUCUCCAGGUGUCAGGGCCUCAGCCGUAGAUGUUGCUCGCGAGGGUGAUCCCCCUGCAGAAGCUUGGGAACCCACGCCGAUUCAUGAGCCCGAGACGCCGCCGCUUCUACCUCCCAUACCAGAACAGCAUCCCGCCAUAGUAAGUCCUGAAGCACAAAUUCCACAAGUACCAGUUCCUAUUGAACCAUUUGCCCGCCAGGUGACCAGGGAAACUGAUGUUCCUUCGCGACCUCAUUCAACGAUUACGCACAGAUCCUCAGAUGCUUCAGAAACUGCUUCAGAUCCUAAACGUCAGAGGCUACACGAUCUGGCUCCAGGUGUGCAAGCGCGAGCGCCAUCAGCUGCCUCUUCAUCAGUCGCCACGCCCUCAUCGCAACACGCAGCCUUUCGACAUGAUGAUCCUCUGGAGCAAAGGAUGCAAAGUGCUGCCCGAGAAAUGAUAGACUACGUUCACGCAUCUCGGCGCUCAGGAGCUGAGCCAUCCAACGAAGAUCAAGCUCUCUUCGAUGCCAUGUUCGCUUCCAACUCAGCAGAGAUACCAGUUUCAGAAACGUACAUCUUUGAGAAUUUGGAUUCUGGCUGGUGUUUUGUAGUUGGCAGUGGAAACGAGAUAAGUCUCAAGGAUCUAAACUCUGAAGAAAGACUUCAGUUUGACAAAUCUGACGCUGCAGAGUGGAAGGCUAUAGUAGACACAGGAGCUGUGUUGGUGCUAUCUCCAAAUGAAUCAGAACGUGUGAAGAAACAGAUGCCUCAGCGGAUCAUGACCAGUCGCAUCGUGCGCCGGUGGAAGCCUCAACCUGGCAUAGGCUGCAAGAAGGCCAAGUCAAGAUGGUGUGUACAUGGUCAUCAGGAUCAUGAUGCUCCUCAACUUAAAACCUUCAGCCCUACGCCAAUGACUGAGUCCUUGUAUCUCUUCCUGCUCAUGGCAUUGGGGCUAGGUCUUUCGAUUGACUUCGCAGACGUCAAAAAUGCCUUUUGUCAAUCAAAUCCCAUACAGCGCGCAGCGGGACCAGUCUACGCUGAGGCCUGUCCUGGAUUGGGGCUUCCUCCAGGCACGCUGAUACAACUGGUUGCGCCUGUUUACGGAUUAUUGGACGCUCCAAGGGCAUGGCGAGAGACAGUCAAAGAUCAUUUAAUCAAUCAGCUGGGGUUUGAGCAAAACCCCUUUGAGAACUGUCUUUUUGUUCGUCGCAGGGCGGGCGCUGUGACAUCCAUGAUUCUUGUGGAGGUGGAUGACCUAGUAAUCGCCUCAGAUGAGGAUGAUCGCAUCGAAGUCUUUCAAGACAAAUACAUUCUUGAGAAUCUCUUCCCAAUCAAGCUCCCCAAGGCCAGGCGCGGACAACGAAAGGAGAAGCUGUUGGACGAUGAGUUCGAAGCUGCCAGAUCUCUUUUGUACAAAAUCAGUUGGGUUGCAAAAGAAACUCGUCCUGAAGCUAGCGGCAUGUGCUCUAUCCUAGCCUCCCGCUUACACGAAGGCACAGUCGAAGACAUUCACACCAUGAACAAAAUGGUUUCUCACCUGCGCAAUACAGCGUCCAGACCUUUGAUCUUAUGGAAGUUCGAUAUCGAAAAUAUGGCGUUCAUAGUCGGGUCAGACGCAGGUGGUGUGGGAUCACUGCCUCAAUCGUGCGAAGGCGAUGGUUUACCAUCUGAUGGAACGCAGGGCGCGUGGCUAGUCUUAGCUGCCGAGCGGCUCCCUACUGGAGCUGAAAGGGUCCGAGUAUCACCGGUGUGCUGGAGAUCAGCCAAGUUGAAACGCCGGGUUCCCUCAACUCUAGCAGGAGAAGCGCUGGCUCUUAGUCAGGGUAUGGCGCAAGUAGAGUGGAUGCAGGUUAUGUUGAGAAGCGUUCUGGUCGGAGACGUGUCAGGUGAAUGGGCUGACCAACUCUCGCCUUACAUGAUUGCAAUGCCCUCCGCAUCCCCACUAUGUCAUCGCAAUCCUCAAGUUCAUGUUAUCGAUGCAAAAUCAGUGUUUGAUGUGAUUCAAAAAGAGGGAGGCUCCUCAUCAAAACAAGACCGCCGGACUGCGAUUGAACUCGCAAUUGUUUCUGAGGCCAUGGAAGAGAUCACAGGCUACUAUUCGGCUGAUAUUUCCAAAGGAGCUGGAGCUCUACUACAUCUACUGGGCUCUGGGAAGCUUCAACUCGUAGUUGAACAUGACGAGUUAUCUGAGCGAGCUCAAGAUCCAAAGAGGAAGUUAAGAUCCAAGGCGGCGUCAGAUCGUCAGUUAUUGCAAGAGACUGCGCAGUUAAUGUCUAUUGCUUCUGAGCCACUUGAUAUGCCCAUUUGGCAGUAUGCUAGGCUUGGUUCUCCGUACAGCUGGUUCAUUCCAGAUCUGAAUCUCCCUACGGUUCCAUUGCAUGCGCAGGAUUCAACGGGUGAACGUGUUUGGCUCAAGGCCAACCGACAGCGGUGCAAGCAGAUAGAGGAAAAUGUGCACAUCAGCUACAUCCGGGCCCUCCUGGCCUCGGAGGCCUGGGGGUAG